GCUCCACACACACAAGGAGCUGGUGCCAAACGUGGUGUAACCCCCUCCCCAAUAGAAGAGAGAGUGUGUGUGUGAGUGUGUGCUACUGGCAAGAGGAGAGAGGAGUGUGUGUUCCAUACAUCAUCACAGUGAGAGAGAGAGAGAGGGAAGAGGAGAGAGGCAACUUCACCAUCAGCAGCGCCCACAGUCCAGGAGGAGAGCGCAACGUGCACACGAGUGGACCGCGCUCGUCCGAGCGUUUGAUUCCGAGGGAAGAGAAGCGGAAAGUUAUUAAGAGUGGGGAUGCAUCUGUGACAAGACUUCCAGCAAGUGUUGGGACUUAUUCAGAGCGAUUGCAUUCAAGUGGAUAAUAAUAACAUCACGGGAGUGCGUCCGGGUGACGGGAGUCAGCGUUUAUGCCGCGCAACACCAUGGGACCACCAGGAGCAACUAUGAUCGUGCUUUACCUCAUCUUUUGCCUUAUGGCCACAGUUGCCACCCGAGCAGCCUACUUCUCCCAGCAGCCUCAGGACCAGGUGGUGGUGUCUGGGCAGUCCGUGACUCUACCAUGUGUCAUUGUGGGCUACCAGGGCAUGGUACAGUGGACCAAAGAUGGACUGGCAUUGGGUGGAGAGAGAGACCUACCAGGCUGGACGCGCUACUCCUUAAUGGGCGACCCGCUAUCAGGCGAGCACAGCUUGCUGAUCGAUUCGGCAGAGCUGGCAGAUGAUGCCGUGUACGAAUGUCAGGCGACACAGGCGGGCCUGCGCUCCCACCGUGCCAAGCUCACUGUACAAGUCCCGCCUUCAGACCCCAUAGUGGAGGGCGGCCCUGUCGUGCGUCUUAAGGCCCACACGCCAUACAACCUCACCUGCAGAUCCUCCGGCGCCAAACCUGCCGCUGAGAUCACUUGGUACAGAGAUGGAGAAGUAAUGGACACGGCCAUUUACUCUAAGACGCUGAUGGAGGAUGGGAAGAGGGAGGCAGCUGUCAGUAUGCUUCCAAUCAUCCCGGAGGACAGCGACUCCGGCCGCACCUACACCUGCAGGGUUCUUAACCCAGCUGCCCCCGCUGGAAGACAGACAUCCAUCACUAUCAAUGUCCAACACCCUCCUUCAGUCGUUUUAUCAGUGCAGCCUCAGACAGUUGCCGAGGGCGCCAAGGUGCUUUUCAUAUGCACUGCCUCAGCCAAUCCAGAAAUCACUGGCUACAGGUGGUCUAAAGGAGGCGUCCCCAUCUCCGAGGCAAACGGGGACAGCCUUGAGGUGACGGUGGACUACUCCUACUUCACAGACCCAGUUUCCUGCGAGGUGUCCAACUCUGUCGGCAGCACCAAUGUUAGCACCCUGGUUGAUGUUCAAUUUGGCCCCAGAUUGCUGUCAGGGCCCAAGCCAAUGACAGUGGACAUUGGGAUGGAUGCAGCAUUCACAUGCACGUGGACCGGAAACCCUCCUUUGACCCUUGCCUGGACGAAGCAAGGCUCAAGUGAGGUUCUCAGCAACAGUAACACCUUGCAGCUGAAGGCUGUAACACAGGCGGAUGCUGGGAUUUACACCUGCAAGGCCAUCGUGCCCCGUAUCGGAGUUGCAGAAAGAGAUGCCACUCUGACUGUAAAUGGCCCACCUAUCAUCACAGCAGAGGCCACACAGCAUGCAGUCAAGCACUCCAAGGGCAAGCUGGAGUGCCGGGUGGGGAGCAGCCCGCCGCCUUAUAAGAUUGUAUGGUCCUUUGGAGACAUCAGCCUCUCCUCUGGUUCCUCUGGUCGAUAUUCUGUGCAGACGGUAACCAGCGAGCAAGGAGUCGUGUCUUCACUGGUGCUGUCGGAGACGCUGGCGCCGGAUUUUGAGCUACGCUACAACUGUACUGCUUGGAACAACUUUGGCACUGGCACUGCCUUGGUCAGCCUGAAGGAGCAAGAAGCCCCACCCAUGUUGUUAAUUGUUGGUGGAUCCGUCGGUGGAGGCAGCGUCUUGCUCAUCUGUGUCAUCACGCUCGUCUCCAUCUGCUGCAGGCACACAGGCAAAGGUGAGCUCAACGGCAAAAGGUGCACUCGCCUCUCCAAGAGCGAUAUUAGAGUCCAAAUAGUUCACAGUGAUCACAACGCCACACGUGGCAAUGAUGACGAGGAGGACGUGAAAGAGCCAAUGGCUCCAAACAGCAGUGAGUCUCCUGGGACAUCUCGUACAGAACACAGUGACCUCUUGGAAGAGGAGGAGGAUGAGAGAUCGGACAUCAAGGACCCCACCAAUGGCUACUACAACGUGCGAGGCCAUGAAGACCGUCACAUCCGCAGCAGUGGCUUCUCGGAAUAUGUGCCCAACCCCAGGCCUGUCUACACACCAUCGCAGCUGCCCUCCCCCAGCCCCAUGUACGGCCAGCAUGGGACCCAGCCACGGAUCUACGACUUUGCCCAUCGAUACGCGACCAACACGGUCAGCCAGUCUGCAUAUGAGCAGCAGCAAGCCACCCAGCAGCAACCCACUCAGCCGGCCACCAUAUACCCCACCGACCCCCUCUACAGCGGCACUGCUUACCUGCCUGCAACCUACGGCCGCGCCUUCACCAGUUACGUCAAGCCUGCCUCCUAUGAGAAAGUGGACGCCUACGACCAGUCGGACCAAGGCAGCAAGGUGUCCAGCUCGUCCCGCUUCUCGUACGCCUCGUCACAAGUGUCCUCCCAGCAGUCGGACUACGGCCGACCCUCACAACGUAUGCAGACGCACGUUUGAUUAGACAAGAGUCGUUGGCGAAACAAAAGUGCAGAAGCAAUGAGUAUUUAACACGUGUGGCAGGACUAACAAGAACAGAGACUUUCUUAGCUUUGGACAAGGGAAAGUCAUUACCAACCUGGUGCGGAAUCAACAAUGACGCAAAACAAAGCUGGAGAUUUCAGCUGAUUGUGAUGUUCAAGUCAGACUAUGUCCAGAGUGAUACUUACCAAGGGUAUCUCUGCAUGAUUGACCACACAUGAUCCAAACAUGUGGAGAUAUUUGCUUGGCGGACACAACAGAUGACUGUGGUGUAGCUGCAUUCAAGUGUUUACUUGCUUUUUCCAUCGCCUGAGACGAACAUCAGCAUAAAACCAAUACGAAUACGUUUUCUGCUGUUUUUGGUUGGCAUGCGAAAGGAAUUCUAAGCACAUUUGUGUGUCAAUUAUCAAUAAAAGACUGAGAUAGCCACAGUAACAAACUUAACUGCACAACAGUGGAAUACUUUAACAUGAACUGGAUAUUCAAAGACAGCCCAAACACCUUGGACUUGUGGACAAAGGAAGGAAUUUGUCGAGGGGGGUAUAUGAGCCUUGAUUUCCAUGAAGGACUAUGUGUGUGUUGUAACAAGGAGGCCAUGAAAACCCAAAGAUGGUGAUCAUUUUACAGGGAGAAAUGUGGGUACUGCAUUCCUUGCCCUGGUACUCUGGUACGACAGGGUUUUAUUUUUUUUUUUUACAGUGUUUUGUGACUGUGGGGGUGGGGGGAAAGGAGGCUAUUACCAGAACAAUCAAAUGUGGUAGUUUGGAACAAUGGUGGCAAUCUCGAACUAAACUUGAAUGCGGCGUCAGCGUACUCGGCAGUCCUUAUGUGGAUGUUUUACAACUCAAUCAAAUGGUCUCAAAAUGUUUACAAGACGCAGUAUACUACCCUGAAAAUAUCUGUACAAAUGGCCGAGCCCAUGUUUUCUCUCUGUUGCAUGCAAUCAAUGUGUCUAGUGAAAACCUUCCACAUUUAAGAGUCAUGUCCAUUUCAUGUUUGAGACGUUACUUUCUGCACCCUGGCCCGGUUGCAUUCUACUUUGUGGAUGUUACAGUUUGGAUGCCUGUACUGCCAUUUGCCGCUUGUUAACAGGCAGCCUGACAAGAGAACAAAUAACACGAAAUAGUGAGGAGGCAAACAUCAUCGCUCGUCUUUAUUUUUAUAUUUUAUAUAAGCCUUAAUGUACAGCGUGUAAGCUGCUCUAUUGUAAAGUAUCUUUAUAUAUGUACAGUAUGUAUCUUGGUUGAUUUUCGGGGGAUUCACAGGUUUUCUUGCUUAGUUUAUCAAUCAUUCAAUGCUUUGUUUUUUUUUAUUUUUGGAUCACAACUAAUUGCCAUUUGCUUGUUCAUUCUUUUAAUAAUGUAUUAAGAAUUUUAUUUGCUUAAAUGAGCUACCAUCGCUUGUAUCUUUGUACACAUAUUUAUAUUUAAAUAAAAGCAUUUCCGAUAAAGAAGCGCUUUGUGUGAAUUCUGAGCAGCUCCAGUGGGGAGCAGCGACAAACAAAGCUUCCCACGUCGCAACAAUGAUGAAUACGUAAAUUAGCAGCAAUGUCUAUGUUGAUUUUCCUAUUCCCCCAGUGGUGCUCGGCUUUUAAUGAAGACAGAUGAGAUCGCACAACCCCCGCUGCACAUGUACGCUCCUCCCGGAACUCACUAUGCCCAUCUCACCGGCUAAUAGGACAGAGCUGUGACAAAAGCAUGUAUUAUUGACAAGAUGAGUUUGUCUUGUCACCUGUGUCCCUCAGGUAGCCCACCACUCACCACAGUGAGGUGAGGAACAUGUUUAUUACUAUUCCGCUGGAAGGUAUGGAUUUGUUAUUCACAACGUAACAAAUGCAGAAAACAUGACCCAGUCCACGGCCAAAAUAACAUGAAAUUCAAUUAGGAACUGAAGAAUCCAAUCAAAGCUGUUUAUUGGCAUUACUCUUUCAUAUAGAAUAUACAAAAACAAAACAAAUGUGCCCGCAAUUCAAAUCACUGUCCCAUUGUGUACAGUAAAAAACAUGUCUUUAUUUGGUAGGAAUAUAUAUAUUUUUUUUAAUUCAUUUAUCAUUCCAAAUAUCCCCCCCACCCCCUUAAAAUAAAUAAUACUUAUUCAAAUCUUUGGUUUGCUACAGUAAUAUUUCCAUCAAAACACAGUGAUGACAGGUAAAAAGCAAAUUACUUUUGUGGGUUCCUAGCAACAAGCCUCACACAACUGG